AUGGCGGAGACCGUGCAACCUGACCGAGACAGAGACAGAGACAGAAGAGAUAGAGAGCGGCAGCGGAAGAUGCUUCUUGCAAAACAGCGCCAACAAAAGAUGGUCCUGGCGGCGGGCUGUAUCCAGGCCUGGUGGCGCGGCCUCCUGGUGCGAAGGACUCUGCUGGUGGCCGCCCUCAGGGCCUGGAUGAUCCAGUGCUGGUGGAGGACGGUCCUUCAGCGGAAGCGCCAGCAGCGGCGGCUGAAGCUGCUGAGGCUCUACGUAGUGCAGGAGCAGGCGGCCGUCAAGGUGCAGUCGUGGGUCCGCAUGUGCCGCUGCCGGCAGUGCUACUGCCAGAUCUGCGACACCGUCUGCGUGUUCCAGCCCCACAAGGACACACCUCCCUUCCAGAGCAGUGACUUCUUGCAGGUUCAAUACGGAGUCCCUCCCAAGCAGCCCGAAUUCCACAUCGAAAUUGUAUCAGUCUGA